GGGCGCAGCGGGGCGGGGCGCGGCCGCCAGGAAUUCGACUAUAAAUCCCACGGUGCGCGCGGCCGGGCGAGCGUUCGGCCCGCGGGCUGCGCACGGGGGCGGGGACCAGCAAAGCGAGACCAUUUCCCGGCAAAGCCGCGGGCGCUUCUGCCUUGCUCGCGCCGGGAAGUUCCGGGGCGGCUGAGCGGAAAGCCAUCCAUGCCAGGUCCCUAGAGCUCAUCAGGUCUCUCGAGCCGUCCCGGAUGACAGUCAUUGUUAUUGUUGUUUAUACUGCCAGCAUUAAUUCCCUGCCGAGCGCCUCCUCUGCCCCCGCCCGCCCGCCUCACCUGCUCCUCCCUCCUAUUGUAAUAUGCCAUUAGUGAGCCUGCGACCACACUGCCAAAGGUGCUAGAGUUCGCAGUCAGCCACCAUGGGGAAUGGGAUGAACAAGAUCCUGCCUGGCCUGUACAUUGGCAACUUCAAAGAUGCAAGAGAUGCAGAGCAAUUGAGCAAGAACAAGGUGACACACAUUUUGUCUGUCCACGAUAGUGCCAGGCCCAUGUUGGAGGGAGUUAAAUACCUGUGUAUUCCAGCAGCAGAUUCACCAUCUCAAAACCUGACAAGACAUUUCAAAGAAAGUAUUAAAUUCAUUCAUGAGUGCCGACUCCAAGGUGAGGGCUGUCUGGUACACUGCUUGGCCGGGGUUUCCAGGAGCGUGACACUGGUGAUUGCCUACAUCAUGACUGUUACGGACUUUGGCUGGGAGGAUGCCCUGCACACCGUGCGUGCAGGGAGAUCCUGUGCCAACCCCAAUCUGGGCUUCCAGAGGCAGCUCCAGGAGUUUGAGAAACAUGAAGUCCACGAGUAUCGGCAGUGGCUGAAGGAAGAAUAUGGGGAGAAUCCUUUGCGGGAUGCAGAAGAAGCCAAAAACAUUCUGGGUAAAUAUAAAGAACAAGGGCGUGUGGAGUCCCAGCCUGGCACCAGGCGGUGGAGCAGCUUUUCGGCCCUACCUCCCCUGGCCUACAAUAACUAUACCACAGAGACCUAAUGCAGAGGGAUCUGGUGCCUUCCUUCCCGCCGCUUGUCUUCUGGGUUGCCUGCGGGUGCCCUGUGGUGUGCUGGUGUGCUGGCUACUGCCUCCAAGGACUGCAAAGGGAGAUGACCACUGCAAAGUGGACAACUCAGGGUUCCUUCCCCAGUGACCCCACCCAGUCCCAGGUCCUUUCACUUCACCCACCUUUUCCCCCAACCUUGGACCUUGGCCUUACCUGAGCUUGCUGUACCUGGGAUGCUACUGGGCUGCCAAACACACACACGUACACAUGUGAGUGAGUGCCUGUUACAGCACUUAUACACAUGUGAGGUUGUGUGUCUGUGAGCGUGUAGAAGGGUGUGCUUUUUGUGAGGGUGUAUGCAUAUGAAUGUGUACGUGCGUGAGCUCUGAAUGUUCACGUUGCUGGGAGUCAUAAAAUUCAUGCUGCCAGGAUUGGUAUGGCCACCUUUCCCUUUGACUCCACAUAGAAGGCACUUGACCUUGACAUCUGAAAAGUGCUCAGUAAGGAACAUGGAAGGUGUUCUAUGCUUGUGAGCAGACAUUGAGGAAAACUUGGGAUGAACAACUGAAAGCAGUAGCCUCUCCCAGCCCUGGGAUGGUGCAGUGGGGAAAGUUGGGGCCCAGACCUCUCCUGAGGGAAGGUGGCUCCAGGGAUCCUGAAAGGUAUUGGGGGAUAGAGGACAUAUUUGGUAUUGCCUCAGGCUUAGUGUAAGUGUACCAGGCCCUGGACUCCCUGCUGCCUCAAGUCAAGGCCCCCUUUCAGCCCAUCAUGUUCCUGAGUUCUAAUUGAUGUUUAUUCUAUGUGAGACCCACUGAUUUGAGUUCCAUAAUAAGUAGCAGUACAUCAGCCAAACUUGGCAUACAGUAUUGGGGCCCUUCCUAUCUCCUCCUGUCCAGCUUCAUGCACUCCCAGCCUUGCUGUUCUGACUUUGCAGAGCCCUUUCUCAAGGUUUGCAUGUACCUGCAGGAAUUAGGAAGGAACAAUAUUUGUUAGACACUGUAGACAUUUGCAUUUGAAAAUGCCUAAGCAUUUAUUAAGUUCCUUGGUGUAUGCUGUGGAGUUGAUCUUUGAUCUUAGCUACCUCAUUAAAUAAUGUUUGAAAACCUUUUUGUGUGUGUGUUAAUCCAGUAUUGAAUUCUUCCUCAUAGUUCAAAAUGUUCAGUUAUGACUUUCCCUUUGAAGCCAGAGGGGAAGACAUCAAUAUCAUUGAGCUACUUAAAUUUUUGAUUUGUGUUCACAUAAUGCUUUCCGAUGGGUAAAGUCCCACAUUCAGGCUGUGAGAGCACCCACAGUUCACAGCUGGGCAACAGGCAUCCUAGAAUGCUGGGAACAACUCAGUGGUCAAUCCUUUAUAUCAACUCAAAUUUCUUAAGCACACAGAGCCACAGGAAAAAAUAUACUCAACCUCUCCCUAAAAAGAUGUUGCAACCUUGGUUCUCUGAAUUCCGCUACUAAAAGAACUCCUGAAUAAGAAGAGCAAUUUUCCUCUUCAUGUAGAGGGUAUGUCAAAGGUGAGCUCUUUGGGGGCCAGGGAGAACAAAGUCACCAACUGUGCACAUGUACAGGCCCUAGAUGUGUAACAAAAAAAGGGAAAUGUGGCCAUAGAAUCAUUUCUUCAACUAAAAUAAUUUGUCUGUAAAGUAUAUUUUUUCUGUAAACCAAAAGAAAUGUAAAUAUGCUAACAAAAAGCAUUUAAGAGGGCUAAGGGUAUAACUCAGUGCUAUAGCAGUUGCCUAGCAUGUGUGAAACCCUGGGUUUGAUCCCCAGCAUCUCAAUAAAAGGACAGAAAAUUUUUCAGGAUUAGAAUGAAUGGUUAAAUAUGUGUAAACAUAUAUGAAUGGCCACAUAUAUUCCUGUACGUCUUGAAUUUUUUUUUAUAUUUGUUGCCAGUAAUGUUCUUUCUCCACAGCCACUCCAGGAAUUCUGAAGUAUUGGGCCUUUCUCAGAAGAUUGUAAUGUACCUGAAGUUUCUGAAAUAUUGCAAAGUUUAGGCUGGUGCUGCCAAAAAGAAAAGCAACAUAGAGUUUAUUUUUAAGUAUCCAACAGUGAUUUGUAAACUUGUUUUCUUCUUAAACUGAAUACAUGUGUAAUGUUGUAUUAUGUUGGGAACUGUGAGAUUAUUUAGCAAAAGAAAAUAUUUUUACCUUAACUCCACUUCUGUGUCUGUUUCUUUAACCUAAUUUUUUGAUGCCCAUAAAACAAUCUCAAGAGCCCUCUUGCACUGUUUUGGUUACUGUUUAGUAAUGAUAAAUUGCUUCUCAUGAACACUCAAGGAGGAAGCCAGCACCUGGGGAUUGUGCAGUGUGAACUCUGCCCUCUUGUUCUUAAAUUCUCCAGCUAGGGAAAUGUUUCCUGAUGUAUGUUUUAUCCAUGGUUUGUGUUCUCCACAGAGGAAUUUACCAAAACCUACAUAUUUUUGUUAAUAAAGGGCAACUUAACCAAGUUCAAUA